AGGGUCUUAUUUUGAAAAUUUUCCCCGGAAGUUCCAUAAAUCCUGUCAAUCACUGAUAGCAUGAUAGCAUCUUGCUAACACAAGUGCCUAUCCGCUUCCGAAGAAAGAAACAAAAUCCCCCCUUUCGGUGGGACCCCUGUCACCAUGUCUGUGUUGUGGUACAGACUGUGACAACUAACGCCAAGAUGAUGAACGACAUCAUAGAGGAACCAGAGAAAGACACCCUGCUGGAAACGCAGACGGAGUCUCAAGUUUUGUCGAUGCCCAGUAGUGGCACAAGACCUAAGACUGCUGAUGGAGGCAUCAGGCCGGUGGAAAAACGAGGACCUUACAUUAUGUCCAGAGCUCCAGCCAUUCACCUCAAACUACAGAAACACAGGGAGAUGGCAAGGAGGGCUCUGAAGAAGAAAGCCCUCUCACCAGGACCUCCAGUGAUGCAUCAGCCCCGACAAGGAGCCAAGAGGACAGUGAAGUUUAACAAGGGCUACGCUGCUUUGAGUCAGCACGCUGAGGACACUUUGGUUGCAGUGGGCUCAGACAGUGAUGAAGAGAUUGAUUUUGAGCAGUAUUCCUCAGGGUACUCUUCAUCUGAGAUCCAUCCUGAUUUAAGCAGGCAGCUGCUUCAGGAUGGCUACCGUCUGGAUGAGGUCCCUGAUGACGAGGACCUAGACCUGAUUCCUCCCAAAGCCAUGGGCUCCUCUGUGUGCUGCUGCUUUGAGGGACCGUCCUGCUCCAUGCAGUGACACUGGUGCUGAGACUUGAACCUUACAAAGGCUUGGCUCCACUUGCAGUCCCUGACCUUUAGUCACUAGUGCCACAGGCCUUAUUUCUAGCCCAGCUCCACUUUUGUGCUGCCUGUGGACUUCCUCCUCUGAAGCCAAGCCUGCUCAUGCAGGACUGUUCGAGAUUGCUCAACCUGCAAGAAAAUGCAGUUAGACGUAAGAACAAGCCUUAUCCACUGUGACCCCAAAGCUUGACUUUUGUUUUGUUUUUUAUA